AUGGAUCCUGGGAAGACCACACCCAUUGAAUCCACCUCUAAUAAGCUGGAGAGGUUCCAAGUGAUACAGGUUUAUUACAAAGUUGUGUCGCAGCAUGGCAUCCGUGCCGAUAUCCUCGUGCCCCAGACAGACUUUGGAGGGAAACGUCCGGCCAUAAUUCGUCUUCAUGGUGGAGGAUUGGUAGUGAAAUUGCCCGCCAAGUUUACUUAUAUACAGAGAGCUGACAAGUUGCAGAUACAAGGUGACUCUCUUGUACCUGAACUAUUCCCUCGAUGGUUAGCAGACCUCGCGUACAAACAUAAUGCGAUUAUUAUAUCGGGGAACUAUCGCCUUAUGCCCGAGGCCACGGGUUUGCAAAUACUGCAGGACGUUGAGGACCUUUGGACAUACAUCCACUCGCCGACGCUAGCGAGCGUACUAUACUCUCGGCCUAUUCCAAUUGAGCUUGACCUGGACCGCUUGAUUGUUGCUGGCGACUCUGCGGGGGGGUUGUUAAGCGCCUAUUUGGCGCUCUCUCAUCCUGAUAAUAUCCGCGCCGGCAUUUUGGCUUACCCCAUGCUUGAUGUACAAUCAGACGCAUUCUCUACCCCUCGAGAAAGGCGAAUAACCGGCUUACCAUUCGUUCCUCGAUCGGUCUUGACGGAGCACUGCCAGAACCUGGAAACAGGAGAUAUAGUUUCCAGCGCACCACAACCUGAUCGGUCCAAGCUGACUAGCGCCGUUUUUCAUUAUGGGAUGUUCUCUGAGCUCUAUGAACGUGAAUCGGAGAACUCCUCGCGCCGAGGAUUACUAUUUCCGCUAGACAAACUAAGAGAAACUGAAACAAAACUUCCGCGCGGGGGGAUUUGCAUUUUCCAUUGUAUCGACGACGAUGCGGUUCCUGUCGAAGGCAGCAGGAAGUUUGCGGAAAUUGCAAGGGCGACCAUGAGAGGGAAGCAAGGCGGCGAUAAGGUGGUGCUCACCUUAUUAGAGUCUGGUAAUCAUGCAUUUGAUUUUGAAACUGAUCUGGAUGAGCCGUGGUUGACAAAUACACUUAAGCAUGCGGUAGACACUUGGUUACAGUGA